UCUGUCUUCGAGAACACAUCUUAUUCUUUCCAGAUGAGUGUAUGAGUUAAUUCUUGGUGUGUUUACACUCUUCCAUAAGGUAAGAAUAAUUUUAUUCGCUAUUAUCAGACCAUAUGAAAUAAAACAUUGUUGUUGCAUUCAGGAAAAUUUUAGACUUCAACAUAUUCAUACAUAAUAAAUUCACAUUUUGUCUGCGGAUGCAUUUCAAACUGACACAUGUCCACGCGACACUGACCCGCCCUCAGUCAGUCACGUGAUCAGAGCUACUGUUUCACAGGCAGCACGUGUGAGGAGGGAAACACACUAAUCUUCCACCGUAAACUACAACAUCAUCAGCUACAACAUAAAUCACGGCGACUUCGACGACUGCUGUAACUUUUAAGAAUGGCGCGUGCGGUAGUAUCGCGAGUUUAGCUCGUUCGUUGGCGAGAUCACGGCAGCUGCUUCCCGGCAACAGAAACGUUUGAAGCUCGCACAAUUAAAAAAAAAACUGAGUCACGUCUUUAUUUGUCGUCAUAUUACCUUUACCACACCGGUGUCAUCAGCAGCAUGCAGCUUUUUGUAGCGUCCGCAGAGCUCGACAUGUGCGGAUGCUAACGUUAGCUCGCUAGUAGCAUUUGUUUAAAAAAACUAUCGGUGUUCAUCUAGAAACAAAAAUGUCGGAGCAGAAGACAAGCUGGAUUUUAACAGGCGCUACGGUCGCUUGUGUCGCCGCGCUGUACGUGCCCUGUGUGCAGAGGACUGUCCCCGGCGGAGACUCAGGAGAGCUGAUCACCACUGCUUGUGAGCUGGGGGUGGCUCAUCCUCCAGGAUACCCUCUCUUUACCUUACUAGCUCACCUGGCUAUGUGUCUUCUGCCCUCCCUCUCUCCAGCCCACAGUGUCAACCUGAUGAGUAGUCUGCUGGGGGCUGCAGCUUGCGGUGCCCUCUGCAUUUCUGUCUGCAGAUUGGCAGGUCCUGGUCCUGGUGCAGUGCUGGCUGGGGGGCUGUUCGCUGUGUCCAGGCUGAGCUGGCAGUGGUCCAUGGUGGCGGAGGUCUUCACCCUCAACAACCUUUUUGUUGGUCUGCUCUUCUUCUUGACUGCCAGCUUCCACUGUGCUGAAAACGCCACUCAGAGAGGAAAGAUCGCACAUUGGGGAGCGUUAUGCUGUGGCUUGGGGCUCUGUAACCAGCACACCCUGGUGCUGUAUGCACUGGUCAUCAUUCCCUGGGUCCUUCACCGACUUUACUCUCACAGGGAGCUGUCUUUGCGUUGUCUUGUGUCUCUGGGAGUGUAUUUCCUCACCGGCUUUCUGCCAUACAUCUACCUGCCUAUCUCCUCCUACCUCAACAAAGCCCGCUGGAGCUGGGGGGAUCAGACCACCCUGGUGGGCCUACUGACCCACUUGCUGAGGGCUGAAUAUGGCACCUUCAGUCUGGCAAAGACAGAGGCUUCGAUAAACCUGACCACAAUGCUGAAGGCCCAGUUGGACCACUGCCUGGAAGACCUUUCGCUUCCCGCUCUGGUGCUGGCAGGAAUAGGCCUUCUCCUCUCCUCAUGGGACAGGACGUGUCGCUCAGUCUCCUGGCUGUUGACUGCCAUGCUGGUGGUCUACUCACUGUUUUUCGCUUGGAGAGCAAACCUUGACAUCAGCAGACCCCUACUGCUUGGAGUGGUUGAGCGUUUCUGGCUGCAGAGUGAUGCUGCAGUGUGUGUGCUGGCAGGCCUCGGCUUGAGCCGGACACACUCUGAGCUGGAGAGGAGGCUGGGCCGUGGGGGGGUGUGGAAGACCACAGGCUGGGUCCUCACCAUGGCUCUGCUGGCACAUAUGGUGCACACCAAUCACAGGGAGUGUGAUCAAAGCAGAAACAGUGUGGUCGAGAGGUUUGGCCGGGAGCUUCUGGCCUCCGUCCCAAAAGACUCGAUCAUCCUGACCAGAGGAGAUCUGCCUGGAAACUCCAUGCGCUACUUAUACUACUGCCAGGGGGUACGGCCUGAUGUUCGUCUGGUCGACCAGGAGAUGAUGACUUAUUCGUGGUAUGUGGCCAAGCUCGCACAGCACCACCCUGGGGUCCACUAUCCAGGCCGAUGGUGGGACCCGGUCCACCCUGAAGGGAAAGACACCUUCAAUCUGGAGCAGUUUCUGUCACACAACACACAGAGAGAUGUGUUUGCCUGCAUCGGGCUGCCUGACGGAGACCCAACCUGGGAGCGUAGUUUCUCUCGUUGGCCCAUGGGUGUGUGUGACUACCUGGUGCCAGUUAAGAGGCAGUUUCACCCGCAAGAGUGGGUGCUUCGAACUCAGAACAUCUACAACUGGAGUGAGCCACACAACAGUUUCCAUCCUGCGUCCUGGGAGCAUGUCGCAAAUGAGGAGAUGUGGCAAGCCAGGAUGAAGACGGCUUUCUUUCUGUUUGACCUGGCAGAAAGGAUGCAGGGAGAGGGGAAAGCUCGCCUCUUUGAGCUGUCUUACACUCUGUAUAAGGAGAUUGUGGAGGCCCACUCAGACUACCCUCCAAACUGGAACAAGAACUUGGCACUGGCCUGCGAGAGGCUGCUCCGCUCGGGUCACCAGGGCUACAGUCCAGACAGCCUGCUGACAUGCAGCACCCAGCACUUUAGUCUCUAUUUGGAGAAGGAACCCACGGAUCCCCAGGCGGCCGCCAUACGCUCGGCCAUUACUCACCUGCUCAAAGAGAGAGACAGGCUCCGCCAGAGCCGGAGGCCAACCCCGUAACAAGAUCCAGAGAGACCUGCACUGAGCUGGCACACUGAGAGUGCGCCACAAGCUCAGCCCGAAGUGCAAGGCCCCAGGGACGAAGUCUGAAUGUGCCUCUUCUCGUAGUUUGAAGGUGGCGCUCCAGACGGAUAGAAUGAUGUUGUUGUUGCUGUGUUUAGUUUACUAAAUGGACUGGUGUGUUGGGGGUUAAGAGGAGUGCUGUUGCAGAAGUAUCUGUAACACAAAGGACAGAGAACUACCACUCAGCCAUGCUUCAUUUGAUGAAUGUUUACAGUUGACCAGGGACAGAGCUUGACUUCGGGAAGCCUUGACUGACCCCAAUCAAGCUGUACGUGCUCCCUUUAAACUCGCCCAUUCGAUUGCUUUAUCGUUACAUCUCGUUCUUUUUUUUCUUUCUUCUCUUCUGCUCUCUCUGUUUUUAACGUGCUGAUUAUUUUGUCUCCGCCGCUGCUCUAGUUCUUUUUCUCACAUUAGGAUGGCAAGGCCGAGAUUGAGGGAAAACCAAUUUGGGGGCAGAAAUGGGGGAUUAGAGCAGCUGUUUAAUCUAGGACAUACUUGUACUACCCACCCACCCAUGCCUCCAUCCUCCCAUCAGUCAAUCUUAGAUGGUCCUUUAAAUGUUUAAAACUAAUGGAUUCGAUGAGCGUUUUUUUUCUCUCUCUGUCUCUCUUCCUAACGGGAGGGCUGUAAUCCCUCAUGGAUUCACACGAAAUGUGAAAUGUCACAAUGCCAGGGACCCUCUUUAGAGGUGCGUUGCUUUGUGCAAUGUGCACACGUGUCCCGAUUUAUGUUUGUGUGUGAGAACAUGCUUAAAUGUCCGCGCAGGCCUUUUCCCUUCCCGGGACGGUGUAUAAACAUAGUCCAUCAACAGAUCGGCACACUGGAAAGAGUGGAAAGCACAAAGUCAUGCAAACUCCAGGGACGAGAAAUGCCAAAGACCAUCAGCCUCCCAACUUACAGGGAAAAAAUUGACUUUUAGCCCUGUGAGGGUUGUUGAAGAGACAGCACUGUGAGCGGAUCAGAGUCACUUGUCUUUGACAUGUUGUCAUGAUCCAAAACCUCAGUUACACACUGUUUUUUUUUUUUUUUUUAAAUGCCGGUGCCAAUGUUAAUGAACCCGCACAAAGGUCAAAUCAGUGUAUUGCCAUGAGCUUAAUAAAUCACUGCUGACGGAGCCAUCUGUUUAAGAUACUACUAGAAAGUGAAGGACAGUAAAGUGCAUGUGUAGUUUUCUCAGAAUGUAAUCUGCCCUUUGUGUUUGCAGGCCUGGUUAGCGGCUGUCAGCUGACUGGAUGAUGAGAUUCGGGCCUGCUGUAGCACAGAUGGUUUCUCCUAAAAAUUGUCACUGUUUUCUACAGAUUAAAAUAUUUCAAUAAAGAUUCUAAUUAUUUUUUAC